GUCAGAAGCUUCAUAGCAACCGUCACUUGGGUUUUGUUCUUCAGAAGAGAACAUCAAAAUGAAGACUCUACUGUGCUUGGUGUUGAUCGUCUCAAGCGCACUUUGUUUGCCCGACAAAAACGAAAAGAAAGAAAAAGACACCAAGUCCACGAAAGAAGAAAAGCCUAAACGAAGCCUCUUGAACUCUUCUGGGUACAACAACUACGAUUUUUCCACUUUUGGUAAUGUAGGUACUUUGGGUACGUACAACACGGCACUCAAUGGGUACAAAUCCGGCUACAGUAGCUUGGGAUCUGGAUCUGGACACAGCGUCAUAGGAUUCGGGUCUGGAUCGGGAUCUGGUUAUAGCACUUUGGGGUCUGGGGUUAGUUCCUUCGGAUCCGGAUCUGGCUCUGGUUCCGUCUACAAUACCUUCGGAUCCGGGUCUGGCUCUGGCUCCCUCUACAACACCUUCGGAUCCGGGUCUGGCUCUGGCUCCCUCUACAACACCUUCGGAUCUGGCUCUGGCUCCGGCUAUAGCGGCUUGGGCUCUGGAGGCGGCUACGGCUACGGAAACGGAGCCUACACCACCGGAGUAACCCGUUACUCCACCGGAAUCCGCCACGGAAGCGGCUACGACACCGUCGGAAACCUGGGUGCCAAAGUCUCCAACGUCCGAACCCACGAAAUCCACACAGUCACCCAACAAGUCGCCGUCCCCGUACCCCAACCCUACCCCGUCCAAGUGACCAAAACCGUCUCAGUACCACAACCGUACCCAGUGGAAGUACCAAAACCAGUUGCCGUACCCGUCAAAGUUAGCGUUCCCGUCGAAGUCCCUAAACCCUACCCCGUGAAAGUCGCUCACCCCGUUCCAGUACCCGUCGAGGUAAAAGUACCAGUUGAAGUACCCAGACCCUACCCCGUCCAUAUCACCAAAACCGUCAAAGUACCUGUGGAGAAGCCCGUUUAUGUUAAAGUACCACACCCAGUUCCCUAUGCUGUCAAACAACCGUACCCGGUUGCCGUUCCACAACCCGUUCCCGUCCAAGUACCCACUCCUGUGGUGGUUAAAGUACCUGAAGUCGUUGGAGUGAAUACCGUGUCGCACGUGGACACUGGGUACAACAUAGGUCAUGGGCAAAUCCUCGCCGACGACAGUUUGGGUGCCGGUUUCGGCCAGGUAGUUUCUGGAUUUGGUUCGGGUUCUGGAAUCGGUUCCGGCUCGAGCAUAAUUAGCGGUUCCGGGCUGGGCUCAGGUUCGGGCAUCAUCGAAUCUGGAUCUACCAUUAUUAGCGGUUCUGGAAUAGGGUCGGGACUGGGCGGUGGUUCUGGAUUGGGAUCGGGACUGGGCGGUGGUUCUGGAUUGGGAUCGGGACUGGGCAGUGGUUCCGGAUUAGGCAGCGGCUCCGGUUUCGGUUCCCAGUUCGGGUCCGUCACUUCUGGACUGGAGUCCGGGUCCCAAAUCAUUUCUGGAAUAUCAUCCGGAGGUGGUUCCGGGAAAAUUAUUAGUACCGGCUACGGUCUGACUGGAUCCUACGUGCCAAGUAUCAAAGGUGGACUUUCGGGUCACAAUGUUCACAACACAGAAUGGAAACACUUGUAAAUUAUUAUAGUUUAGUUAUAAAUAAAAUAAAAUAAAAUGUUAAUAUUGAAAGACGAAUAAAAUGCCUUAAGAAUG